CGCUGAGGCUUGCCUACGGUAAACCACAUCACCUACGCAUACACGCCCGUCCGUUGUUCAAAACGGGCAGGUCAUUCAAGUAGUUUCACCGCCCUGAUUGGGAGCGAUGGCUGACUUCCGCCGGCCUUUGCAGCCUGAUCGCGUACUCGCUGCAAGUCUGCAUGUGCCGAUAUUAAAGCGACCGGUGAUAUACAUGAGCCAUGGCUCUUUCAGAUUUGAUCCGACACCAAACUUAUGGUUUCUCUGUCCAGAGCAACUUCUGGCCUGUGUCGGUAGUACAUAAAUGCCCUGAGUUUUCGAUAUACCAUCCAAACUAGUUGUGAGACCAUCCUCGAAGCACUCACCCGUCAUGGCAGAUUACCAUUUUGGUAUCGAGAUUGAGGUGCGCGUGGAGCCGCACAAGAUUAGACCUCCGUUGAGCGAAAAGCAUGCCUUGUAUUAUGGGAAGCUUGCAGCGGCCCUUAGAAAGAGAGGGUUGGAAGCCAAAGCAGACGACCUAGCGGGGAAAUAUCGAAAACAUCCGGAACAUUAUGACAAGUGGUAUGUGACGAAAGAUGGUUCUCUUGGGAACCCCCAAAACCUCAUUCCGAUGGAAGUGGUCUCCCCUGUCUUGAGCUGCAGACAAGAUUGGGAAGAAGAGAUCGACGUCUUCUGGCUAGCAAUGCGCGCUGUAUUCCACAUGCCGGAACGAUCGCCACUAUGCGGAAGCCACAUCCAUAUAUCGAGGAGUUUGGGCAAGCGGUUCACCCUCUCCCAGCUCAAGUCGAUUGCCUAUGGAAUCGUGAUAUACGAGCCGCUUAUCGUUAGUCUGCUCAUGUCGAACCGCGUAAACAAUAAAUACUGCAAGGUGAACACUGUGAAUUCGUCCCGGCUUAGGCAGUGUGGCUCCAACACGCGGGCGGUUGCGAAGCUUAUCAAGAGUGCCACUGAUACCGAAAUGCUGAAAGACAUCAUGCAGGACAGUAGGUAUGUCCUGUGGAACUUCGACAACAUCGUUCCCGGACGUUCGGGCACCAUCGAGUUCAGAGGCGGGAGAUGCCUGCGGGGAGAAGUCCGAACCAAACGGUGGAUUGCCUUUACCAUAGCAAUGGUUCACGCCUUCCUCACCAUGGAUGAUAUCAGCCAUCCUGAUAGGAUUUCGAUCUCGACCUGGAGCCCGGAGGGGUUCUAUGAGACAGUCAAAAAGAGCACCAGACAGCUAUGCAUGCGGGACCUUCUCCCCAAAGAUUUCGAAGUGUUGAAUGAGACCAAGAGGGAGGACUAAUAGAGGGCAUAGCGGAGAAGCAAACAGGAGUCAGGAGACUGAUGUUAAGUGCCCCGAGAUGUUCUACCUGGUUGGACAUCAGGCUGAGAAGAGGACAUACUACAAGCGUGAUUCCAUGGGUCUUGCCAGUCUAUCUGACGGCGGGGAGUUUUGGAAGGAUAGAGGUUUCCCGCCGCCAGUUAGCAUUAGUGUCACGGAACGAGUAUAUGGAGUAUAGUACAUUAUACCCUUGCGCUACCAAAAGGUAAACGACGUAAUCAGGUCGAAACCCAGUGUCUCUAUACUUGACUAUAUAGUACUGUAACAUCCUGCGUGUAUGUCACAGUACUAUAGCUGAGUGUAGAGACGCAGGGUCUCGACCUGAUUACACGUGGUUUACCUUUUGGUAGCGUAGCGGUAUAGAACUACACUCCUAUUCUCGUUCCGUGACAGUGUAGCUGUUUCAGUGAG